AUGGCAACGAACGCUACCCUUCGCAAGGUCAAGCUGACUAUCGCACCAGAGAAAAAUAUUGGAGACGAACAAUCGGGUUCGAGAAACUUCAUCUUUGAUGUCAUCUUCAGACGACAAUUCGUUGCAAACUCAGGCGAUGAAGCUGGAGAACCUAGCACACCCGGCGAUUCAACAUCACCACAGCCUCCGCUACUAAUUCAUGAUGCCCAGAGGUAUACUGUAGACGGGAAGUUUCAGAAGGUUGUUCUUCUGGAAAAUGUUGAUAUCGAUGAGCCGGUGCAAGUCAAUUUCCUCCACGCAGACGGCCGGCCUGUGGUACGAAAGAAGGUCGUUCUGAGGGAAGAGAAGCCUCCAGCUGGAAACACAGAUGGAACUAUUCCUCAAGAUAUUCUGGAGAGAACUCUUAAAGUGGAGGAGGACGAAGUUGAGCUUAUUAAGACUGUUCCACCGCAACCCCAGGUUGUCCCAGGUGACAUCAAACGACGGGCCCGACUUGUAUCACUGAAUCCGUCGAUACAGCCCAUCAACUUUUCACUCGCUCAGCUGCUGGUCGUUCCAAUCCGCUUCACUGACCUUCCCCCCGGCAGACCGACUUCCGCAAAUGAAAGAGCACCUUGGGACCUAGAUGCGGCCCCAAAACAAUGGGCAGGUUCUGGAUUCGACGAGUUAUGGAAAGCGCAGUCGAAACUUUCCACAGCAUCAAAGACACUAGAGUCUGACGUGCCUGGGGCUAUCUUGGCCUUGAAUUGGGAGCUCAUGCGGGUGGCCGUCGAUGGCAGGUUCACAGCAACUUUCAAACCAGGCCCAUGGAACGCAUGGGCAUGGAUGUUGUUUGGUGGGGGCAUACAGUCCCCCUUUUUGGGAAUUGUAAUCGAGGCUCUCGACCAGUCGAUUGACAAGACACGCUCAAUCUUCCUGCCUCGCCCCAAAACACCAGAACAACAAAAUGGUACUGGCAGCCUCGUUACUAGCAGCCAAAUCCCAGCGUCUUCAAGCCACCAGCCAGUGAUACAAGGGAGAAACAGAGUCCCGCUUAACGUUUCGGCUGCAGAACUCGCAGCGAACCCCGAUAUCUAUACUGAAGAUCCUGGAGCUUUCUGCCGACCGUUCAGCAACCCUCAGAGGAUACUGUCCGAAAGAUCGUUCUUCUCUAUCCUCCGAAUCGAGGCGCCCGUUAUCUCAGCUGAAGCAACGGCCAAACUCGAGGAGCCUGCACAGCUGGACUUCGACCCUCCCGAAGAGAUGCUGGAGGCUAUCAGGGAGAGUGCCACCUCUUCAGCAUCUACCACAUCUUCUAGCCACCCGCCACGAGUAUCCAUGAGAGCUGCUGCCGUGGCGCCGGUCUUCGUUGCGCCUCCUGCUAUUCUGAACGGCAGGGGGAUAUUCACCAAUUUCAGUAAAGGGCUGGCCACGUACAUUGAUCAUCCCCCGGAAGACCUGCAAGCGCAUUGGAGCAAGCUGACUCAUGAACGUAUCGAGAUGAGUGCCGCACAGCCUCUGCAGUGGAACGGCGAAAGUAUUAGGUACCAAGCCACUACUGUUGCCAGAGGACACGUACUAGAGUUCCGUGUCCGUACUCGAAGCAAUGGCUAUAGUCUAGGUGGUGUGGCGAAGACUCUGACUCUAGCACCUCGUCAAACGAGGCGUAUUCAGAAAAUCUCCUGGGCGAGAAGAGAGAGUGCUUCUAGAGUGGAAGCCCAGGACUUUCAAGAAACCGUCGCGGAUUCUGUGAACCACGAAUCAUCUUACGAGAAUGCAGUAGCUGCGAAUCUUAGCGAGUGGGCUCAGGGCAGUUCGGACAGCAGCGUCAAAGCCGCAGCCUUCGCUGCCGGGGGCAUCCUGGGUCAGCUCCCUGUCGCCGUAGGUGGUGGCGCAGCUGCGUCCUUUGCGACUUCCAGCAGCGAGCAGUCCGGGGGCAGAAAUGCAACAGCGAAAGAGGAAAGUCAAUGGCGAGACGCUAUCCAACGGCAUGGAGAGUCCGUCCGGAAAUUCGAAAGCACAGUGGUGCAGGAAGUAACUCAGGAUGAGGAUGUGACUGGGACGGUCGAGGUCAUCCGAAACAUCAACUAUGCGCACAGCCUGACCGUCAUAUACCACAACAUAUUGAGGCAUCAACGAGUGGAUACCGAGUUUGCUGGGGUAAGAGAAUGUCUGUUUGUUCCUUUCACGAUGAAACCUUUCACCAUGGCACGAAUCUAUCGUUGGAGGGAAACCAUCCGUCAGGUGCUGAAAGACAGACGUUUCAACCACGCAAUGGCAUAUCUCCGUGACGUACUCUCCGGGUUUCAGGGGUCCACCAUUCCAGCAGGUCGCCGUGCUGAUCACACAAUACGCUCCAUGUAUGGAUCUGUGUACAUUGAACUUGGUAUUGCCCAACCCAGCGACAACGAGCAUGGAGCCUUCAACCAAAGCGCCUGGACCGCGCUGACGCCCUUCUUGGGACUACCAGCGAAAGCGACAUGGCAAUCUUUGGCAGCGGUAGUCGAAGCAGGCCGCGAAUCCGAGUUUCAGCGCAGAUACGCCCCAGGCAUCGCAGCUAAAUGGUGCAAUACCUUGGAGCUCUUGGGCAUCGACAAUCAGAACCUGGAAGCUGACUUCACGUUAGCCACGCCUUAUGCUUUUGGCAGACAAGUCCGGGUAGACUUUCAGGUGGACACGAGCAGUAUGAACCUUACCCGGGCAAAAUUGACCACGCUUGUCAUUCAGGCUUCCAGCGAUCUUCUGCCAGGCUCUAUUGCCAAUGUUAGGAGCAUCAAAUACACCUAUCAGACUGAUCAUCUGACUCGUUCCAUUUCCCUGAGUCAGGGUGCCAAUGAUCUGGUUGAUUCAACGAGUGGGGCGGUUGACCGGAACGGUGCUGCUCUGCAGUCACCUCUGACACUCUUUGAAACCCAGAACCUCCGAAUCGAAUUGGUUCACGACACUGUUGAGCUGUUGCAACACCUGAACGAGCAUGUCGAAUACUAUCAUCGGAUGAUAUGGUGGUAUAUGGAUCGUGACCGGCUUUUCAUGCUCCUAGAUGGCUUCUAUGUACCGAAAUUUCAACCACCGACCAGUAUCGCGAGCAUUGUCGACAAGAACCCGAUUGGCGUGGCUGGCAAUUCUCUCAUAUUUCGAGUAUCGGCCGGAUGCUUUCUGGGUACGCCUGAAUUGCAGACCGCCGAGCAGCUUGACAAUUGGUAUCGAACAAGCGGACCGCCUACUGAUCCGAUGCAUAUCAGCUUGCCAACCGACGGAUUGUAUGCACAGACUCUCAUGGAUGAGUGCGAAGCUCUUGAGGAACAUUACGGAAGCCUCGAUUGGGCAUUGAACAAUCCAGAUCCCGAGCUCGGCACCAUCGACCCCAACCUGCUCACCUCUCGCCGAGGAGACCCGAAUACUGGGACAACGCCGACCAAACUUCCGGAUACACUCAUCAAUCUCCAGAAUGCCAAUCCCGCGCCUCCAGCACAGGGUUUUGGAGGAAUUUUCGGCGCUGUCGGUAAUGCUAACGCGUUCCGAGACAUGGCUGGCCUGGCAGGGACCCAAACGCUGGCAGCCCAAGGGCUGGACACAGCUUCUGGGCUUGCAACGAACGCUCUGAACCAGGCGGCAGCACUAAAAAUGGCCGAAAUGGCGAGCAAGGCAGCGGCGACCGGGGAUGCAGAUCGCAAGUUGGCUUCACUGGAGCGCUCCGUUAACAAGGGUUUGAUUAAAGACCCUGAGUCAAUCAGCCAGAUCGCAAAGGAUAUCCAUGCGGAAUCCAAUGGAGUACCUCCCAUUCAACCGAGAAACAGCGACGAUAUCACUCCGAAGGAAUGUAGAGAGGUCACCAAAGUGCUGGAAGAGGAGGAGAAGAAAGGGAACAUCAGCCCGGAGGAGAAGAGGGACGGUGUCAAGAAACGUACUCGCAGACUUCCUGGUGGUCGGUCUCCCGGGCCGACAGAGAGAAUGUAUGGAUUGACGGUGCGCCUGCUCGGAUUCGAUGACAAACCAUUGGCUGGCCAGUGGUGGUGCUUCUUGGGCCAGACUCGUGUCGACAACAAAGAGAACCGACUCGUUGAGCUAGCCAGUGGAGAGUCUCGACUGGCUGAAGCGGGGAUUGUCAGAUUCCCCUUUCCACGGACACUUGGGCGCAGUGGUAGCCUUUAUGAGCUGCGGGUUAAGGGCUUCAUCUACGACGGCUUUGACACACCAGCGAAGCCGGACUGGAUCGAGAAGUCACUUCUGUUGCAGAUCGACGACAAGUUGCUAGAUUCGAAUGGGUCGGUGAUAGCCACCGCCCGCGCGCUUUUCGAGUCCGUGGAGGUUAACGAAUCAACGGGCUCGGAACUAUCCACGGUAAUCAAUGACGGAUGGAAGCUAGGCGGCGAGAUCGGGUUAGGUAUCAAAGUGGAGGCCGGUGAGGCACUGUUGGGGUUUCUCAAGAAGUGGGCGAAAGGCCUUGCACAGGUUGAAGGGAAACUUGAUGGCAAAGUCUCGGGCGAGAAGAGCCAUUCGGAAACCGAGAAGCGGAUGGACACAGUCCAAAAUUCGCAGAAGUGGACAAUCAAAUACUACACGGGAUCAUUUAAGGAUAAGGUCGAGGUCAACUAA